AUGCGCGUUCUCCACAUGUGCAUUCUUCUAUUUGCCGAGGACACUUCAGGCAGUUAUUCUAUUGAUUGGUGUAAAAAAAAGAUUUUAAGCUUAAGAGCAUCAUAUAGAAGAGAAAAAAAGAAAGAAAAGGAAUCAAAGGGAACUGGAAAAGGAGGUGAUGAAGUUUAUCAGAGUAGAUGGUUUGCUUACGAAGCAAUGAGAUUCUUAAAUGACAAAGAUAAACCACGAAAACGAUUAAACACAGAACAAACAACAGAAUUAGAUAAAGUCUCAGACAACGAGGACGUUAAUAUUGAGAAAGAAGAUGAUUCUAAUUCAAUGACAAAUAUACAAGUACCAAUUUCACAACCUCAAACACCACAUCCACAAGCACUAACACCACAACCAUCAAUGCAACAAACUCCCACAUCACAAGCACCGAUAUCACGAAAAAGAAGAAGAGGAGAAAAUAAUGAUAACAUGAUUUGUGAAUGUUUGACUAUCAUGAGAAACGCUUCUAGUCGCCUGGAACAACAAAAUUCAAAUUCGUUAACUACAAUUUUUGGAAAUUUAGUUAUGGGGAAAAUGAAUACUUACAGUAAACGAACAAGACAAUUGGUUAAAAGUGAAAUUUAUAACAUUUUAGCAAAAGCUGAUCAAGGAUAUUAUGAUAAUCUAAGCUCUAACACGCAAUUUAAUAUUUCUCAAACAACUUAUGCCUCACAGACAAACAUCCCUACGUUUUUCCCAUCUUAUCCACCAUCAACUACAAGCCAACGUCCUAACAUAUCUUUUGAAAAUUCAUCUCACUUUCAGUCUUAUUUCCCAAUGACACCUACAACUUCAUCGUACAGUCCUUCUUCCUUACAUACUCAUUCGCCUAUGACACCAAACUCUUCUUACACACAAAUAUUUAAUUAUCCUUCUGAAUCUCAAGCUACUCACACACCAAAUUCGUUAAAUCCUGACAGUCGAGUUCAGAACUUUUUUACAUCACGACAUCUACAGAGCUACCGAUUUCCAAGUCAAGCUCACGGUCAACCUCACAGUCAACCUCACAGUCAAGCUCACGGACUAUCUCACAGUCAAGAAGGAAUGCGCAAAACAAGAUGGAAGGGAAGUGUACCACGAGUACCACGUGUACCUGUUCCACGUGCACCCACACCACGUGUACCUGUUCCACAGGCACCAACACCUCGUGCACCUACACCUACUCCACGUGCACCUUCACGACAUGUACCGACACCAAAGGCAGCCACUCCAUCUUCCAGCACUUCGUCCAGUUCAUCGUCAACAAUAUCAUCGUCGUCAACAUCAUCAUCUGAUGAUGAAAAUCCGUGUGUGCGGAAAAAAACCACACCAAAGCCUCCCCCAACAGGUACAAAAAAAUCAAAGAAAAGCUAA